AUGGAGGAAGAGAAAAACAUUCCGCAAGAGAUUCUAGAAGAGAUUCUGGUCAAACUUCCUGUGAAAUCGCUUUCACGAUUCAAAGCCGUAACGAGAGAGUGGAGAGGAACCAUAGAAUCAACUUAUUUCGUAGAGAAACAAGUUUUGUAUCAGAAAUCUCUAGGAGGAAGCCAAGCGAGCAUCAUGGCAUUAUCAAAGCGAAAAACAGACGAUGGUGUACAUGGUCUCCUUGUAGUAGAAAAUAUUUUGUGUUCAGCCAAAGGAAUCGUACAUGGUUCUCCAUAUCUGCCCAUUAAGGCCUUUCGCAGUUAUAAUGAUUACAAAAUCUCGGAGCCUUGCGACGGUAUGUUUUGUCUCUACACUGAUAAUAAUCGUGCCUCCACGGUGGACACGUUUAUCAUUGUCAAUCCUGCCUCCACUAGUCGACGUACACUUCCUAAUCCCAUCGGUCGGUAUGAAGAUGAUUGUUUUAUUAGUUUGGCAGGGAUCGGAAGAGAGAAUAGUGUGAGUCGAAGAUAUAAGCUAGUUUUGUUUUAUGAGCAUUGUGUACCCAAAGCAACCAAGGCUUCGUGGCCUAGUGGUAAAGGGGUCACAGCUGUGACUUCCGCCACUUGGGUUUGA